ACAAAAUCACGUGCAGCAACUGCCACCGCCCGCUGUCAGUAGAUUUUACGUACGCGCUACAAGCUGGUCGGAUCGUCCGAAAGGCCAUACAUCAUGGGGUAGGAGGUUGUGAACUACAAUAAUCAUGCCGCUACUUUUUCGGAAGAAAAAAAGACAAAAGUCAGCGAAGAAUCCAACAAAAGGGAAUUUAGUCCUAACGGAAGAAUUUGUAAAUAUAUUUGAAAAACAAAAUGACGUCAGUUGGUUACGCAGCGGUGAUAAUAGUGAUUUCGCUAAGACAGCUAAACCAGGCGGUCCGGGACAAGAAAUUGUCAAAACGGUUAAGACAUCCAAAGCAUUAAGUAAAAUAAAAUCCGUCUUCAAAAGAGGAAAAGAGAAGCUCUGCAAGAAACGAAAGCGCAUAAGCGGAAUAUGUAAGCUGGACAAUAUCGGUGAUCUCCUGAAAGCACAUUCCGGGAAUGUCAACCAAAGCGCGCUGGGCUCUGACGUUGUUCAAACCAGCGAUCACCUCAGAUCACACAGCUGCACCACCUUUGAUGAAAGUACAGAAUCAACUUGUUAUCCGCUUGACAUUCGCAUACCCGAUCUUCAGAAGUACAGCAAAUAUAUUCCUGUCCGAAAUGUGUGGGGUCCGCUCUACCCCAGAGGAAGUUUGACCAAUUCCAAAACGGUAUGGCUGGAUAUGCAGAUGUGGUAUUCGAAGUACUAUGCUCUCAAGCUGAAACGACGAACAAAUGACGACCUAAACUCAUCUUUGAACUCGUCUAAAAGUGAAAGCAGUCUAACUGAAUCCCCAACAAAAUCGCCAGUAUCCUUGUCGAAUCUUCAAAAGACGCCAAGAGAACCUUUAAAAGAAAGCGUGCCUGAAUCUUGCGCAACUGAUCGAGAAUCUCGCCAGAAGAGGACGCUGCUAAGACAACGGUUUCGUCGCGGUGCAAACGCUGAAUACAUAUCGAUGGUCAGCUGGCAGAGAUUUUACGUUCCAGUUGAAUGUCGUCUGCAGCUGUUCGUCAGCUCCGCGACAGCAGACGACCUUCUCCAUCUGAAGACAGAGAUACUUGUAUCCUGUAUGCGUAGCUUCGUCCAGGCUGAUGGAGACUUCGAGGUACUGUGGGUUGCUGAUAUCAAGAGGGUUCUUCCUUCAAGAAUCGACCUCGCUUCCUGCGAUUGUCUGAAUCCAGAAGUAGCCCUCGAACUAGCGUCAGAUAUAAGUCGAGUAAAAGCAGUUUUAUUUGUAAGUCGAGCCGCCUCUAUCUUACUGAGACACCAAGCUAUAGGGUUCUUGGAUACUCUGGCUGUAUCGGCAGACGUUGAGAGGAGGGAUCUUAUUGUUCUCCCAAAUGCCCUCAGCCCUUCUAAGGUGAAGCACUCGCUGUCAUCGGAGUGAACCCACACCUAAUCGGUCGGAUUGUUCUAUUAUUACAAAGACUUCGUAUGUGAAAGGAUUCAAGAAGCGAAUUGCCAUUGGUUAUAGAAUCCUUGUGGUCUUGCGCGUUAUUUAUUGAACUAUUCCAAAAUGUAUUUUGAGAUUUGUAUUCGGAUUUGUUUUAGCCUUUCUCAAGCUUAGUAUUUACUAAUAUAUGUUUUUGAAACGGUGUCAAUUUGGAUAUACGCAUUGUAAAAAUCCACUGCAAUAAGGUUGGUAAAAACCCAACCUGAAUCAUCAUUGCCUCUAUGAUUGAAAUACAUUGAUGGAUAGUAAACUUUCUUGUUCAGAUUGUUGCUUCUCCACAUAAACUAAUAAUAAAGAAUACAUAACACUUAUAUA